AGUAUAGUUGUAUAGAGGUCAGUGUUAGCGGCGCGUCGUUUUGUUGAUUCCGGGGUGUCCGAAGGUUAUGUGUGUUGACGUUUUGCGCGAAAACUUGUUAUAUUUCCAUCUAUUUAUGUGUUAUUUUUAUUCCGUUUAUACGAAGGGUUAGCGUAUAGUGAUAUGACAAAAUGGUGUACUUACACUUUCCGUCGAAUUUAACUGAAGAGGAAUUAAUGCUGCAGGCUAAAUACAACAAACUCAAACGGAAGAAAAAAGCCUUGCAAGCUCUGAAGACACCUAAACCGGAGCCGGAGCGCAUACCUCAGUUACCAAAGAGGCCUACAGAAGCCAGGGAUGCUCGGGAAGUUGCUAAAAAAUUAAUCAAGUCAGGAAUCAUCCCUGCCAUUACAAAGACGCAAAAGCGUCCGGAGCAGUCAUUUAAGAGGCCGAGAGGGUUGGAAAGGAAACUUAAUAGUACAGAAAAAACUAUUUGUUCUUAUCAACCAUUUUCGGCGACGCAACCAGAGGAAGACGAUACCGAGGCGUCGAGACCAAGAGUAAAAGACCUAUAUGAUAGUUUUGUCAGUGCUCGAGACCACGAGGAAAGAGGGCUGCCUGACAAACAAUUAGGUACGAGGACCGAAGCCAAACCUCGUGCUGGUAACACGAUAUUUGUUUGCGGACAUAAAAUAUCAGAAGAUUUUCUGAAGAAACACUUCCAAACGUUUGGACCGAUUGUGAAUAUUUCUAUGGAAACAGAGAAAAACCGAGGAUUCAUAACCUUUGACAAAGCUGAGGUAGCGGAAAGAGCCAUCAGUGAAAUGGAUGGCAGCAUGGUAUCGUCGAUACAGCUGAAAGUGUCUUUAGCGCGAAGGCAGCCUGUGAUAGAUCCUAUUAACGACACGACAUCGAGUUCGAUGUGGUCUUCAGUAGCAGCUAGCUACUCCCAAAAAAGUUCGCAUAAGGACAGACGAGAUUUAAAGGUUUACGAUGAAGAUCUCUUUGGAUAAAUGGACUAAGAAGCUUGAUGGGAGUUGUAAUAGGACUUUUAUAAUUGUGCGUUUUACCUGUGAAAAUUGAGUGGAGCUGAUACCUGGACUUGCGGUGUACAGGUACUCUAGAGACACGAAGGUAAAUUUUUAAAUAGCAAAGCUAAAUAUCGUCAAGUCUACUUGGAUAUUUACGGAAAAGGAGAUUGUUAAGUUUGCCUAAAGUGUAAAUAAUUUACAGAUUUAUUAAAACGUAGGUAACCAUCAACAAUAUAAUUAAUAAACAAUAAUAAUUUGAUAAAUCAAACUAUAGGGUUGCGUACAAAUCCACUAUCAUCAUUAUAUCAAAAUAAUAGUGCAUUAAUCUGUUUCGAGGGAUACGUGUGGCGUAUAUAUACGAAGCCGUUUUUGUCACAUUUCAAAUGUUCAUGUGCUCUGAUAGAUUUCUUCAUAAAUUCGUGCACUGAUGAUCUCAGCCUCAUUGCGGAGGGUUGAAGUAAUCCCAAUGAUGAUGAUGCGUCACGGUUCU